CUUGCGCGCGGCGGCGGUCGCCGGGAGGGUGGGGGCUGAGAGGGGUGUGUCCGCGCGCGCUGUCAGACGUCGCCUUGACCGUUAUUCGCUCCCCCCCCCGCUCCUCCCCUUCCCUCAGCGGUGCUUCUUCAGGGGGGUUUCCGAGGAGCGCUGCCCUUGAUCUUGGGAAAGGGGUUGUAGGGGGGAACAGUAAGGCCAGGUCAUAAUUUCAGAUAUUACUGAAGCAACGAUCUGUUUGAGAGACUUUGGGUUACAUAUGAAGUUCCUGAUUUUAAAGUGGCACAACUGCAAUGAAGAAAAGGAGAAAGCUCACUGCAAAUUUAGAUGACAAAAAACAUCUUGAUCAUCGGAGGGAAUCUUCAGAUAAGAUUCCCAUUGCAGAUUCUGUGCAGAAAGCUAUUGCUGAUUCUGCAGGAGUAGCUGCUGCAGACCAGCUUGAGUAUUCUAAAGAACUCCCACCAUCAAUAGCUCAAAGAAAGCUUUUGAGCUCCCUGCAGUACAACAGAAAUCUACUCAAAUAUUUAAAUGAUGAUCGACAGAAACAACCAUCUUUCUGUGAUCUGCUCAUAAUUGUUGAUGGAAAAGAAUUUAGUGCCCACAAAGUAGUAGUUGCUGUUGGGAGUAGUUACUUUCAUGCCUACUUGAGCAAAAAUCCAAGUACAAAUGUCGUUACCUUGGAUCACGUAACUCAUUCAGUUUUCCGCCAUCUACUUGAAUUUCUCUAUACGUCAGAGUUUUUUGUGUAUAAGAAUGAAAUCCCCUUAGUUUUAGAGGCAGCUAAGUUUUUAGAUAUUAUCGAUGCAGUCAAACUGCUGAACACUGAAAAUGUUUCCAGUUUGCAAUUUGAAGAGACGUCGGAGGAUGCAUCCCAGGUAGAAACAUCCAGUGAGCAAACUCCCCAAGCAGCAAGCAAUCACCAAUGCACUCUGUGCAAUCGCAACUUUUGUUACAAGAAAUCCUUAGAAAAUCACUUGUCCAGAGCACACAAAGCUUCUGCCCGGGAAAAAGAACAUGGGCUAAAAAUGGUCGAGAGCUCAGAUACUUCUACCAGAAGAUCAUUGCGAAAUCGCAAAUGUCCGGCUAAGUUUGAUCAAAAUGACAACGAAAGUGGAGAUGCAUCUGAUGGCAAUUUAAAUCAAGUGAGUCCUGGCAAGAAAAAUGAUGAGUCUAAUGACGAGUCUAACAAUGAGUCUGAAGACAGUGGAAGUGAAUAUCAUACUGACGAAGACAGGCAAGAGGAGGACACGUCGGGAACUGACACUGAGUCUGAAGAGCAAAGUGAAAAAGAACGUGAUGAAGAAAGACAUGAGACAGGUGAUCCAGCAGGAAAUAUUUCUGGAGGCAGUCUUUCCACAUAUAUUCCAGUCAUUUUUCAGAACGGUAGCAAAAAAUACUUGCAGUGUCCUAAGUGUGAUAAAAUAUUUGAUCGAGCAGGGAAAUUUGAGAUCCAUUCUCGUGUGCACACUGGUGAGAAGCCGUUUCAGUGCGAUAUCUGUCAUCAGCGCUAUUCAACCAAAUCCAACUUAACUGUACACAGAAAGAAGCACAAUGAUGAAAUUGUAUGUCAUAAAAAGGAACACAAAUGUCCAUACUGUAACAAGCUGCAUGCCACAAAAAAGACCCUAGUAAAGCACUUGAAGAGAUUCCAUCCUGAAAAAGUACAGGAAUUUCUCUCCAAAAAGAAAAAGAGUGAAGGCUGGAAAUGUGAUAUUUGCAAUAAAUCUUUCACUCGAAGGCCUCAUUUGGAAGAACACAUGAUUCUACACACACAGGAUAAGCCCUUUAAGUGUACAUAUUGUGAAGAGCACUUUAAAUCCCGCUUUGCAAGACUGAAGCAUCAAGAAAAGUUCCAUCUCGGACCUUUUCCAUGUGAUAUUUGUGGCCGUCAGUUUAAUGAUACUGGCAAUCUAAAGCGCCAUAUUGAAUGUACUCAUGGAGGAAAGAGAAAAUGGACAUGCUUUAUUUGUGGGAAAUCAGUUAGAGAAAGAACAACUCUGAAAGAGCACUUGAGAAUCCACAGUGGAGAGAAGCCUCAUUUGUGUAGUAUUUGUGGGCAGAGUUUUCGUCAUGGAAGUUCAUACAGACUUCAUCUGCGGGUCCACCAUGACGACAAGCGGUAUGAAUGCGAAGAAUGUGGAAAGACUUUCAUUCGUCAUGACCAUCUGACAAAACACAAAAGGAUACACUCAGGUGAAAAGGCCCAUCAGUGCGAAGAAUGUGGGAAGUGUUUUGGCCGAAGAGACCACCUCAGUGUUCAUUAUAAAAGCGUUCAUCUUGGAGAAAAGGUGUGGCAAAAGUACAAGGCAACAUUUCAUCAGUGUGAAGUCUGUAAGAAAGUGUUCAAGGGGAAAUCAAGUUUGGAAAUGCAUUUUAGGACACAUUCAGGUGAAAAACCGUACAAAUGUCAAAUUUGCAACCAGUCUUUCAGGAUUAAGAAGACAUUAACGAAACAUAUGGUUAUCCAUUCGGAUGCCCGGCCCUUCAACUGUCAGUAUUGCAAUGCAACAUUUAAACGAAAGGACAAGCUGAAAUAUCACACUGACCAUGUGCACGGAGGAAAGUCUGCCGAAGAACCACUAAGUCCAGUGCCGGCGGAGAAAGUAGUCUCUUUGCCAUCCCAGUUUGUACCCGAUGACAAGGCUUUCCAAAGUGAGUUUAAACCGUUUGUGGAACCAGCCAAGGUUUAUCAAGCAGAAACCAAAACAAUGCUACAGAAUGUAUCGCCAGACGUGUGUGUACCAGUAACACUGAUACCCGUGCAGAUAGGCGAAACUCAGUCCGAUCUUGUAGAGCAUACCACCCCUGUUUCAUCCUCACCUCACAACCUUCUUUCUUCACAACCUCCUCCAGCAGACUACCAGCAAGCGACGGAUUUGGCAUUUCUAGAAAAAUACACACUCACUCCACAGCCUGCAAACAUCGUUCAUCCGGUCAGACCUGAGCAAAUAUUGGAUCCUAGAGAACAGUCUUAUCUUGGUACAUUGCUGGGUCUUGAUACAGCUCCCUCAGUGCAGAAUAUUUCAACUAAUGAGCAUUCGUGAUUAUAUGUGACAGGCUAUUACGAAAAUAGUCAACCAAGUAAUUCACCUGUGCCAGGAUUUCUGCUUGUGCAAUUGAACUUUCUCUCCUCAAACCUGCUGGGGGGGGGGUUUGAGGGAACCCCCAGAUUUAGGAGACACAUGGGAAGGGGAGAGAGAGUGCCGUUGCAUAGCCCAAAAUCAUUGUGCUAGUUGAAAUAGCCCUUAUAUUUCCCUGGUCUUGCUUCUCUGUUUAGCAAUCAGAAAGCUCUCAAAGUGGAAAGUUGGCAAGUACAAGGAAAAAUAGGUGUUUUUUUAAUGCAGUGGUUCAUCAUUCAAAAUAUAAUCGUGUGGUUUUUAAAUAUUGUACAGCUAUUUUUAAAACAACUUUCAUGAGGUAAUAUUAUUUGUCAAGAAACCUUAAAUGAAAUAAUUGUGUCAUUUAUGAAUAGCUCUUCACCUUUGCAUUAUAAUUCAAAUCUGCAUGCACACAGAGGAGGAGACAUAAUCUAAGACCCAUAGAGCUUUAAAGAUCAAACAUGGCACUUUUAGUUGGGCAGCGGAGAGAACUGGCAGUCAUUGCUGUUGCUUUAAGAAUCAGUGAAAUAAAAGACAGCUGACCUAUGCUUUUCAAAGGAAUAAUUUGAAUAAAUUCCUGUAUAGAAAAGUAUGCUUCUAGAUACUGGUUGAGAUUUGCAGGUAGGCAGAGAGAGAGAGAGAGAGAGAGCAGUUGCCCCCUGCUUCAGCUUCCUAAGAGCAUCUACAGUGGUACCUCUACUUACGAAUUUAAUGCGUUCUGAACACACAUUUGUAAGUCGAAAAAAUUCGUAACUCUAAUCCCAUAGGAAUGCAUUGGGAGAAAAAAUUCGUAAGUCGAAGCAACCCUAUCUAAAAAUUCAUAAGUUGAAAAAAUCCUAUCUAAACCGCAUCCAAGAUGGCGGACGGAGCUCCGUUUGUAAGUCGAAACAUUUGUAAGUCAAAUCAUUCAUAAGUCGAGGUACCACUGGCCACUGUGAGAAUAGGAUGCUGGGAUGAGAUGGACUUCCAUCAUGAUCCAGGAGGCUGCUCUUAAGUCCCUCCUUCCUUCCUUCCUGGUUUAACUUGAGGCAGUCCUAAGCAAACUUAAUUGGAAGUAACGGUCUGUUAAUCCAUGUGACUUAAUUGGAGUAAACAUCAGAUUAGUCAGACGGUGGCCAGCAUUUUUAGCAUCAUCCAAUAACACUAAAUAAAAAUGCUGAUAAAUCAGUUUCCACUGCUAGUGCUUUUGAGAACUGUUGUGAGACCUAUUAUUCAGGUCAAGUCACACAUGUAACCUCCAUUUUGUUUUCUUGAGCUAGUUGUAGAAAAGACCCAAAAUGUAUAUGAGGGUUGAUAUAGAGGUUCCGUGAUCCUCCUACAAAUCUAGUACUUGUUACUUCAUUACAGUAUUUUCCUUUAUAAAUGAAAUGUUCUUACAUUUAAACAGUCGUGGAACCAUAGGCUACUUGGAUGCCAGGUAGUUUGUGUUCUUGCCCAUAUUUCAGCACUUAAAACAAAUGGUUGUUAAAAGCUUCUUUAUGGUUAGGAAAACUAAGAAGAUUGCUUUGCGAGUUUUUCUAUCUUAAUUGUUGUCUUCAGAGUACACCAAAUGUGUGUGUUAGCUGUUGAAUAGUGCUAGAAAUAUGUAGAGUUGAAGAUUUGAACGUUUGGUCCAAAGAGGUACAAAAAAGUCCUGGUUUUAUAGCUUUUGCCACAUUUGCACAUAUCCUAAGGAAAGGUGGUAUGUGUGGCAAGAUCAGGAGCAAAUACUCAGAGGUACUGCUGUCAUGUAAGUAUGGUGGAUAAGUGAAUUAGAUUUGGAGUACAUAUAAUGCUAAUUUUUAGGAAUGGAGCAAAUCACAUAAUCUUUUUAUGUAUUUUGGCAUCAUUUUGAUACUCUAGAACAGUGAUGGCCCUCAGUAUAUUGCUAGAGACUACAGCUUCCAUCCUUGUCCAUUGAUCAUGCUGGCUAGGGCUUAUUGUAGUUAACAUUUGUGGGAGCCAAAGGUUCUAUGAUCAAAAAAGGAAGCUACAUAGCUCUGUGUUUCCAUGAGCUGGAAGUUGCUUGCUUUUAAUUGCUUGUUGUUAGCCAUUUUUGUUGUGUUUUAACCGACAUUUUUCAUGCUAAACUACAACUAAUUGGACUUGUGUUUGCUCUGUAGCAUAUUAAUUCAGGAACGGUUUCAAAUGUGAAGAACACGAGAUGGCCCUUAAAAAUCUGUUUAUACAUAUGCUGAUGUGAAAUUUAAAAUGAUCAUUUUAACUUUGAAUCUAUAGAAUGUUUACCAUCACAUCUUCACAUCAAUGUUUCAUGCAAUGAAAGUUUUUUCCCCUGAGUGUGCAGGCCGUGUGUCACCCAUGUGUGUCUCCUGGUCUCCUAAAUCCUGUAUUACCCAUUAAGCAGAGUGGGGCUUUGUUGAAUUGACAUCUGGGAAUGGAGGUACAGUGGCUAUUUGAAAUGCAAAUGCACAGAAAGUGUUCUAUGUGAUGGAACAUGCCACCAGAAACUUCAGAAACAAAUGAAGGUGGCAUAACUGGUAUCUACCUAUGUAGUGCAAUAAUUUAUAUCCUGCAUUUCAGGAUGUAAAUGCUUCCAAGGCAGUUUACAGGUAACAACACGUUAAACUCAUCAGGAUCUUUGGCAAAGGACAGCUGAAAGAGGGGGGAAAGAUGAAGAUUAAGUAGAGCUGGCCUUGAGAUUCUCAUCUUCUUAAAAUUGCUAGGAUUAUGUAAUUCAUUUAAUAUCCCCUAUUGAGGGAAUGAGAUACUGCACAAUGGGAUGCGUGUGGCGCUGUGGUCUAAACCACUGAGCCCCUUGGGUUUGCCGAUCAGAAGGUCAGUGGUUUGAAUCCCCGCGAUGGGGUGAGCUCCCGUUGCUCUGUCCCAGCUCCUGCCAACCUAGCAGUUCGAAAGCACGCCAGUGCAAGUAGAUAAAUAGGUACCGCUGCAGCGGGAAGGUAAAUGGCGUUUCCGUGCGGCUUCUGUCGUGGUUUCCUGUUGUGCCAGAAGCGGUUUAGUCAUGCUGGCCACAUGACCCGGACAAACGCUGGCUCCCUUGGCCUGAAAGCGAGAUGAGCGCCGCAACCUCAUAGUCACCUUUGAUUGGACUUAACUGUCCAGGGGACCUUUAUUUACCUUUUAUCUUUUUACUGCACUACAAAUCUGCAACUUACUUAUUUAAAGUAUUUGUAGGCUGCCCUUCAGUUGAAAAAAAUUAUAAAACAAUAUCACAACCAAUAAUCACAUGGGAAACAGAAAAUCUUGCCAGGCACUUCAUCCCUCCCCAAAAGCCUGGACAAAGAUAAGACUUUACCUGUUGUGUGAAUGAAAAUAACUUGGCAGCACCUGAGCAGGAAGGUACAAAGUCACCGAAGAUGACAAAUGGAACUGAUUCUUGACUUGAUUGAGCAGUGUAUAAAUCAGAUUGGGAAAUGAAGUGGGAGAAGUUAAGUUUUUCUUACACUACACUAACAGUGCUUGCAUUUUCAAAUGGCUACCUCCAGUUCAUAUUGAUCAAGCCUGAGACUUUCACAUCUGUUAGUCCCUUUCCUUUGUCUAUAGUUACUUGCACCCCUCUCCCAAAUACCCAUUUUUCCUCACCUCAGCUUUAUCUGUACCCCAAAGCGCUUGCUGUAGUUCGUCUGCGCUGUCCUUUGCUGUGCCCCCUGUUUCUUGCUCCCUUCUUCUCUAGGAUACUUUGUGUGUGACUGUUAGAUCUAUAGAGAGAGGGGGGAAAAGUUAUGCCUUAACUGUUUUUCCUGUAAAAGUGUUUGAACUGAUUUUGCAUUACAAUGAAUCGGUCUAAUUGCCUGCAUCUCUCUCAAUUUCCCAAUCUAUUGAAGCAUUUGUACAAUUCCUUGUUUCUUAUAUAUUUCUAAGUAUUUUAUAAACAAAUUUGAGACACCAGA